UGCUGCAGCCAGUGGCCCGGGCGGUCCCCGCGUCGCCCUCGUGUCGCCCCCGCACAGGACGGGCCCCUCACGUUUAUUCGGCCCGGAGGAGCACCGGGGUCCAGCCUGCUGCCGGCCGCCGCUGCGGGAUGCUGCGCUCCACGUCCACGGUCACCCUGCUUUCGGGUGGUGGCUCCCGGACGCCCGGGGCGCCCAGCCGGAGGGCAAAUGUCUGCAGAUUGCGGCUGACCGUACCUCCAGAGAGCCCAGUUCCCGAGCAAAGUGAAAAGAAGAUUGAGAGAAAAGAGCAGCCUGCUGACCUAAGCAAGGGAGAAGCUACCAGGAAACUUCCUCAGGGUGUUGUUUAUGGUGUGGUGCGAAGAUCAGAUCAAAACCAGCACAAAGAAAUGGUGGUGUAUGGGUGGUCCACUAGUCAACUGAAAGAAGAGAUGAACUACAUCAAAGAUGUGAGAGCCACUUUGGAAAAAGUGAGGAAGCGAAUGUGUGGGGACUAUGACGAGAUGAGACAGAAGAUUCGAGAACUCACCAAGGAACUGUCAGUUUCCCACGCCCGGCAGGACUAUCUAGAGAACCACAUCCAAGCCCAGUCAUCUGCCCUGGAUGAUUUUGAUGCCACGAACUCAGCCUUGGCGUCGGACUCCAUCGGCCUGCAGAAAACCCUUGUGGAUGUGACUUUGGAAAACAGCAACAUUAAGGAUCAAUUCAGAAAUUUGCAGCAGACCUAUGAAACAUCCAUGGACCAGCUGAGGGAGAAGCAGAGGCAGUUAGAAGUAGCUCAAGCGGAAAACCAGCUGCUGAAAAUGAAGGUGGAGUCAUCCCAGGAGGCCAAUGCCGAGGUGAUGAGAGAGAUGACCAGGAAGCUGUACAGCCAGUAUGAGGAGAAGCUGCAGGAGCAGCAGCAGAAGCACAGCGCCGAGAAGGAGGCUCUGCUGGAAGAAACCAAUAGUUUCCUGAAAGCGAUUGAAGAAGCCAAUAAAAAGAUGCAAGCAGCAGAGAUCAGCCUAGAGGAGAAAGAUCAGAGGAUCGGGGAGCUGGACAGGCUGAUUGAGCGCAUGGAAAAGGAACGCCAUCAACUGCAACUCCAACUCCUAGAGCAUGAAACAGAAAUGUCAGGGGAGGUAACUGCUUCUGACAAGGAGAGGUAUCAGCAGCUGGAGGAGGCAUCAGCCAGCCUCCGUGAGCGCAUCAGACACCUUGAUGACAUGGUGCAUUGCCAGCAGAAGAAGGUCAAGCAGAUGGUUGAGGAGAUCAUGUCACACGAGCUCUUCUCCAGAUUUAGUCUCCGGCUCUUUGGAAGAUGAUAAAUUGGUAGCCUGCUCUGGGUUGGAAGCGAUUCCUUUUAUUUUUGGUGAUUAGAAGAAUACUCGCACCCUCUCUGCUGGGAAGAGGUGGCAUUUCUCGGUGAUAAGCCCAUGGACAAAACAAGAAGGACGUGCUAUCCAGAGGAAAAUUUGACCUUGUGGGGCUGUCGUUUGUGAAGGCACCCACAUACUGUCAUGUCAACCUGUACAGCCUCCAACUGCAGAGUUGGGAGAACUCAGAGAUCCACAGUGUUUUUAGGAACUUGGGUUCCUUAUGUCAAAGAAGGAACUGCAAUGAAAAAGACUGCUAAAAAAUUCAUUCAGAAAGUGCCAUGUGGAGGCUGGCCGAAGAGCUUGGAAGAUGAAUCCUUAUUUACAGAAAAGCUACUGAGGACAUCCGUUAAGGAGCUGGGAAGUGGGCACGAAGCCCUUCAGUGCUGUGGGGAGGAAGUACACCCCACCAGGUUACAUCCCAGAAAACAUGGGAGCAGGCCAGCGUCUGUGUGAUUACACAAUAUCUGUGCCACUUACAUGAAUAGAGGUGUCUUUUCUGAAUGGUUACCAACCCUAGUCAUCUCAGCACCCUUCCAAGAAAUGUUCUGUUUGCUUCUAUCACUGUAGGCAUUUUGCCUGAACAGUCAGUUCAUCCAACUUCAUGAAAAGCAGUAUGUCUGAUGAAAAGAGUUUAUUUGUCUGAAAUACAUGUGUAUUGAAGUGAACUGUAUUUCACAGGCACUUUAUUUUUAUAGGGGUCUUUCUUGAGCCGGUCCUAGGUGCUGGUAUUCCAUCAGAGCGUAACAGUCCUGCUGAGAGCCAGCAGUGGCAGGGGCCCUAGUCACAGGCGUUGUUAGCCUGCGUGAGCUGGUAGGCUGAGCUAAUGGGGCGGGUGCCUCCAGAGGCCCAGGCCCCUCGGCUGUUGGCUAGGUCUUCCUCCUGCUGAUUCUCUCUGGCACCUUGGGUAUGUAGACGCUUUUUUGUCAACAUUUGCCUUUGGUGUUUCCUUUAUAUCAGCAGUUCUCAACCUAUGGGUCGUGACCCACCAGAACUGUAUUAAAGGGUCGUGGCAUUAGGAAGGUUGAGAACCACUGCUUUAGAAGCUCUGCCCAGGUGACUCUGCUCUUACCCAGAUACUCUGCUGGGUCUUCAGAGUUCUGCCAAGGAGAUGGAAUCAGACGUGAGAAUCACUGAUCUCGACUUGCCCAGCAUAGUUCCCUAUUUUCUUCUCCAUCUUUGCUGCUGUCCCUCAAGUCACCUCCCCCCCUCUAGACUGUGGUAUGGUGUGAACUUAACUUGGAGGCUUGCCCGUCAAACCUGAUUACGUGCUCUGGUCCUACCUCACCACCCCGUCCCCAUCCUCUCCUCAGCCUGUAGCCUUGCAAGGCUGCAACUCUGCCUCACGGUUGCUUUUGCCCCCACGCAAAGAGGGUCUUCCUCAAAAGGCUGACAAUUUUAUAGAUGAAAAUGUUGUGAUUGCAAAUUUUAGUGUUUAACAUGGGAUUAUUCAUUUCUUUAUCUGAUAAUCUUACAUGCUUUAUCUGAAAUGUGAAGCGUUGAGAAGGUAUCAGAAAGGAACAGGAUCGUGCCAGCCUUUUUUCCGUCUGUGUGUUCCGGAAGUACUAUAGGGUUAUAUUGGCAGGUGUUAAUGAAUGUGUUCAUGGUAUAAAUUGUCUUUGCAAGAGACAAGAUCUUUUCUUUGGACACGUUAUUGAGCCCACAAUUUAAUUUUAUUAAAACUCUUCAAAUUGGCUUUGAACUAUUUCCUAGAGACCCAGGUGCCGGGUUGCCCAUAGAAAGCAUGUAAGUGAGUGAGGCUACAUUGUGGUCCAUGUGCCAAGUCACUUUGGUCAUUGAAUGCUUCUCUUGUUUCAAGGCUAUGCAUAUGGAUCUCACAUUCCCAUGUUAAUCCUACUCUAUGGGAGGUAUUAUUUGUCAAUUUUUUUUUUUUUUUUAAGCACAGGAAGCUGAGGCUGAAACUCUUAAAAGAUAAGUAGCUCACAAUCUCUCCGAAAAUAAUGGUGGUGCUGGGCUCCACACCUAGAUCUGGAGUCUAAAGCUAGCCUUUCUUCUUCUAUUUUUAAUUAAAAAAUUUUUGAAUUACAGAAAAUUGUAAAGAUUGAUGAAAACAAAAACCCAUAUAUCUCUGUAGAAUUAACAAUGUU